AUGGGAGCCAUCAGCGAUGAUGACUUGAGGAAGAUCAGCCAGGCUGUGGCUAUUAUCCUCAAUAGUUCACAGCAAUACUUGGCUUUCCCAGUGCCUCAACCUCCCCCACCCAAGGGCAGGGCAAGAGGCCAUCAAAGCGCAGGAGAGAGUGCCCUGAGCUAUUCUUUCUAUGGAAAUCUGACUGUCGAGCUCUCGAGCGAUUGGGAGAUAUGCCCAGGUUUUAUACUUCAGGCAGCAUCGCUCAACAUAGGCCUGAGAAUGUCAGGCAACGCAGGAGGCAACACUCUAGAUAUUAGCCUUGGAGCGACACUGGAAGUUGACGACGUGCUCUUUAUGGUAAAGGGUCAGAUUCCGGACUUACUCUCAGACUCGGAAGUCGAAUUCAUCCUGACAUUGACUCUAAUGGAUAACCGGAUCACCACGGACGCACGGAACCUUGUUAGGGCUCUAGAUUCCACACUGGAUUUUGACAAGGCGAUCAGCGGUGCGUCGUCAGAUGUAAUUGCUCAACUUGUAGACGAAGGAAGCAGCGUGCUUUCUGCUCGUGUGGUAGUCCACCGAACCCCAGCUAAACCGUCGUACCUCAAGAGCAUCGAACUUUUGGUCAUGGGCGGCUUCGACUGGACACCUGUUGAAAAUAUCACUCUGAAGCGGGUGGGUUGCACAGCAAUCAUACGCCGUGACACGGUCGAUAGCCCAUGGAAUUAUCUUCUGCAAGUUGCAGGGUUGGUGGGCAUUAAAACAGCCGAUGUGUUGGUAAAAGCAGAGUUCGACAGUUCUGAGACUAAGACCAUCACUUUGUCAGCCGCAAUCAGCCCCUCCAUGAAUCUCACGGCUAUCGAUGUCAUGGACUUGGUGGUGAGGGGCACUGGCAAGGUAUUCGUUCCGCCGAACCUGGAAUAUAUGAGAACGUACGUUUCCCGGCGUGGAGCUUUGCUAGAAGUCGAAAUAGUUCUCUCUCUUUCGACAGCAAUGGCGGUUCAGUCAUGUAGUGUCGCAGUCCAGUGCCCCGGCGCGAUCUGGUCGUCGCCCCCAUCAGAAGACCACAUAUGGCCCCAGGUUUUUCUGUCAGAUCUGAACAUAUUUGUCACAGCCAAUAGCAGCCAAGCUCAAACUUUCAAGACAAAUCAUACCGGUGUUCAUAGUCAGUAUGGUCAAAGAUUAUGUCUUUCAUCUGUGUCCAAGACAAGAGUAACAAACUCUUGGGACUAUUCGGCCUACGUCCGUGGAACUAUUCAUCUUCGGGACGAACAAUACGCUCUCCCUGCUGUCCUCACAUACGAUUCGAGCAACAAGGAAACGUGGAUAUUAGCACGCAUCACAGACUACGACUACGGAUCGCUGACCGACCUGGCCGGCGAUAAUGCUUUUGUUCCGUACGACGUGGUUCCUCCUGACCUAGUCGCUAUUUCAACUCAGUACCCGGUACCUAACGAGUCUCCUGUUCAACUUAUCCUUUCCGGUGACCCUGUGGGAGGGAGAGACCGCAGCAUCCGCCUACGGUUUAAUAAUCAAGGUCUGACGCGGGUCCUGUUAAAGGCUCAGUAUUCCAACAACGAUGGUUGGCAGAUAUCCAGCCAAAUGACCUUGCUCAGUUUAGGAAUUAUGUUCGACCUCACUGAUCCCGUGAAUGCUGAUGAAACCAAACGUAUCGUGACUGGAUAUGUUUAUGGCUUCUUUAGGGUUAUUAACACGGCUGUCGUUGCAUUUGUGGCUGGGUCCAAGACAGUAAGCGGAACUGAGUUCUGGGCACACUUGUCGGCGCAGGACGGAGCUGACCUGGAUCCGGUAUCUGCCCUGAACAUUAGCCCGACGGUAGUUCUAUCCGACCCGCAGAUGACGGGCUAUGCGCCCCCGUUGAAUGGAUGGAACUUGCCUACUACGUUUCCCAUCAAGAUCGAGGCGGCAUUUUCAUCCUCCGGCGCACAACUAGACGUGCAAUUCAAGAAACUUACUGGGACUAGCAGUUACAGCCUCCGUCUUGUAAAUAUCGUUGUUUAUUUCUCAGAGAAGUGGACUGUCUAUGAUAGUCUCGUUCUACCUGAAGGAUCGCUCACAGUGCUUAUAUCAAAUGCUGGCGAUCAAGCAACGAUGCAAGCCAGAGCUCGACUGGUUGGCAGCUUGUCCUUGCUUGGCCCCGGAUUACGGGUCCAAGUUUGGGCCGAAUUCUGGAGAAACGGACCAGGAGACGAUAUCUUCCACGCUCAAGUUGACGUGAAGACACUCAAUGGUGGUGCCGGAGUAGCGGCAUCUACCAUAUACCAACUUCAACAGUUUGGCGGGCAAACGUUAGACUUAUCUAGGAUACCAUCUCCAGUGCCAGCGGACUAUCCUAUCCAACUAAGCGAUUUCAUGUCCACUAGCAAGCUUCUACUCAGCUGUGGAAUUGACGUUACCAGGAAUACCGAAAUCGGCAGCCUGACUGCAUUAUACUUCACCCUCAGCCAAGGAGGCCCAUGGGUUAUAACAGACCGAAUUGCGCUGGACGAGUCAUCUCUAGAACUAGUGAUCCUCAACCCUCUGGGUCCUCCGUCAAACUACCAGCUCACUGCUAGGGGGCGAUUGAAAAUCGGCGGUGGCCUAAACAUAAACGCUACCGUCAAGUUGCUGACGGGUACAGAUCAGAGGCCAGGCUGGUUGCGAAUCACCGUUAGCAUAGACAAUCAUACUGAUCCCCUGAUCACAGUAGGAUCCGUUCUAUCGGUCCUCGUACCGAACGCUACAAUAGACGUUCCCUCCGGCUGCCCCAUUGACCCGAACAAGCCGUCCAUGUCGGCGACUCUAGUUAUUAACUUUGCGCCAAAUGGGACAAAGUGGGUGCUGAAGGAUGUGGUCAUAGAGAUGCAGCUUGCUGCAUCCAUCACAUGGAGUAUUGGUCCAUCCGCCAAGAGCUUGCUAGUCACCAAGCUCGGGCUGAACGCCAGUCUGGUCGGCCUGGACACCACCAGCUCCACUCAGACCGUCAUCAUCUAUGGAGAAGCAGCACUACAGCAGAGUUCGACGAACAUACUUAGGAUCGCGGCCCGUGUAGACGAAUCAAAGACCCUUACAGUAUCUUUGCAGGCUUUGAUAGAUACCCAAGUCCAGGCUACGGCUAUACUGAGCAACUACUGUGGCGAUUGGAGAGAAAGAAGCGAUAUUCCACAGUUCAGCAACGAUUCAGGAUUGAGCGAUUAUGGCAGCCUGGCUAUAGUGUCUGCUCAGGUCAGGUUUCUGCCCUCUGGCCAAAACUGGACUCCGGACAGCUUAAGCGUUAGUGUGCAGACAGGAAGUGGCUUCCCAGGCUGGUCAAUAGUGGACGGAUAUCUCAAGUUAACAAACUUGAAACUGAACAUCUACAUUGACAACCUGAGCUCCAACCCCGGGUUUACCGGUAGGCUAUUUGGGUUGUUGAAGUACACUGCUCGUAGCAGCAAGACGCCGCUGGCCUCUGAAAUUCACUUGACAUUAGACGCGACGCAGAAGGUACUGUCACUCAACAUUCAACUCCCGGACUGCUCUUUUAUGGACGCGAUAUAUGUUGCCACGGCUGGACGUUUUAAUCUCCCGGGCAGCUGGUGGCCUACCCUGAGUGCUAUCAUGAUGAAGAUGAACUGGAUAGAAGGUAGCGGCUCCUUCACUGCAAUCCUGGGUCCCGAGGCGAUUCUGCCAGGAACGAAAAAGAUCUUCGUCAUGCUUCACCCGACUCUCUUCCUUGGUGUAUCGAAAUCAACAUCGAACUUUGCGGCGGUUGGUCAGCUUUCGGGAACGGCGGAGGUUUUUGCCACCAUAGAUAUUCCGAUAUCUUACGACCUGCCUAACGGUCCACUCAAAAUUUUCGGUAUCGACGUGAAAAAGAUCUACGAUAUGGUCAAGGCGCUCUGGGAUUUGGUCAAAGAUGUCGAACAGCUGACGGAACUUUGCGAGAUCAUGGCGGAGGUCGCUGGGGUUGCGGCUGCCUCAGCUGUUGGAACAGCGCUGGUCGCGCUGGGCGUUGAAGCAGCGGUUGUGUGGAGCGUCAUCAAAUCGGUGUUUGGUAGCAGCGGAGGAGGCGGCGGUGGCGGCGGCGGAUUAGAUGACUCUGGCGGUUCCAAUGAAAACCCCGACUCCAAUAAGUACACCGGCCUAUGGGUGGUUGGUGGAUCCGGAAUCAAUAACGGCACUGUGGGAGAACAGGUCGAGCUGAAGGUGUAUCCAAAAGACGCCUGGGGUAACGGACUUGCUAUCGACAAAACCCAGCUAACGGCAACGAUCAUCUCCGAGACCCGUGUCCCGGUGAAAACAUGGGUCUCCCAAGGGCCUUCUUCGUAUCUUGCAACGUAUAGCAGGCCGACAACGCUGGGUGGCUACAUCGUUAGCAUCACCUAUCCACCACUGAAUUACGAGGCACAGAUACCCGUCAUUUCUACAGAUACGCCUGGCACAGCGUCUAGGUUGUCUCUCCUCGAUGCCCCUCUGGCUGCAGUCAUGGGUAUCCACAACCAAGCGACCAUAUGGCCCCGAGAUUCUCGCAGUACUCCCCUCUAUGGCCUUGCAUUUGAAGACUUAUACAAGGUAACCUUCACUCCGCCAACAAAACUCCCUGUCAAAUUGGUCACGUUCAACGAUGCCUUGAAGGUCGACUGGGUUCCGUCACAAACGUCACACAUGCUGGGUAUCACGUUGGAAGAUGGAACUCCGAUCACCGGAUCCCCGUUGCAAAUCCAGUGUGUACUGAGACCAAGUACGAAGCUUACCAAGGCAGCCGGACCUGGCCUUUGUACCGGCUACCCCGGGGACGACGCAAAUUUUGAUGUUACGGUUCUUGACGACAUCGGAAACCCAUAUAACGCGGAUCCAGGGCUGACGGUAUUGGCCGUAGCAACGACGCAGAACGGCCACCCGACCCCGCAAAUCACUGAAACCAGGCGAACUGGGAACAAGGUCAGCUUCCAAUACAUUUUUCCAAACGUUAAUUGUAUAAUUUCCAUCUCCAUUGACGGGCUAUUACUCGAGCAAUGUCCCAUCAACGUCGCGACAUCAACCCACCGACCAGGAUUUUCAGUCACGGCCUCAACGGUUACGCUUUCCCAGCAGUCCUACUAUGUAGGCCAAACUCUAACAGGCACGAUAACGGCUCGUGAUGAUCUCGGCUACUUGUGGAUUAUGGAAAACGUCGGUACCUCUUUUCGUGUGCUCCGGGGCUUAGACCUCAAUUCUGAAUUGGGUAUCUCUUCUGAAAACGGAGAUGGCACAGUAUCAUUCUCCUACACCUUAUCCUCAACCCCCCGGGAGGAUACGAUCGUUGUUUGCGCGCGGAGUGAUCCUAGAGUUCAAGCAACUGGAAGUCCGGUAGAUUUCAAGAUCAAUUCAUGGCCAGCUCUUCAAGAACUGCGCUGUUAUGGACCGGCAAUGGAACUGCCGACGACACUACCGUAUUUCGACAUACUGCCUUUCGAUGAGGCGGAGUCAAUCGUCCAAGAGAGUCAGCUGUGGGAUCCCUCGGAGCUGCACGUUGCUUCAACGUACAACGAGAUUAGCAACGUGGUCAUCAAGCGGAAGGGUCGGGGUUAUAGAGCAACUGUCCAACCGGCGGCGAAGCAUCCAGACCUUUCGAUCCCGCCUGUGGUUCGGGUCAGUAGGAGCUCAGUGGAUUUUGGACCGGGCCCAUAUCUUAUGGAUUCCGCUCCGCCUACAGCUAAUGCUUUAGCGUUCUGGCGUAAACACGUCCAGGACAAUAUCUCGAGCUUCUUGGUUACAGCCGCCAGCGAGAACGGCAAUCGACGAUAUAUGGGUGGAGAUAUCGUUUCCGUGCUUUCGCAGUCCACUUCCCAGCUAGUCGUGACAGAGAUCCUAGAUCGCCUCGAUGGCUCCUAUCUGGUUAGCUACGUUCCCCUGGGAGCCAGCCAGAUGCAGGUAGCCGUUGCUGUUAACGGAAUCCCGGCGACAGGAAGUCCAUAUACGCUACCGGACCAGUCGGAUCUUUCCAUUACACUUGAAGGCGAUGGCUUGUUUAAAGCCUCGAUAGGGAUCUCCGCGCAAUUCACUGUCAAAGUCCUGCGUAAUAAGCAACCGAUGGUUGAUAACAGUGUUUACUUCACUGGAUUGGUCUACCCCGUGAGUUCGACCGACGCAAAUGCAGCUGUCGUCAUAUUCAGCGCUCCAGAUACGUACGGUGCAUUCGAAGCAAGCUAUAUACUGGGACAAGGCACACUACCAGGGAACUUCAAGCUUCGGUUGCUGGCGAACUUUCAACCAUUCGCCAACAAUAUCUACGACGUCGUCGUCACUAUGCCUGCUUCAGUGGCUGAGUUCGAUAUCACAGGUCUCGAUACGCUGAUCCAAUGCACGGAUAGCAGAAAUCUUUCGCAAGAAUUCAUCAUCACACCUUAUCCUGUAACGGAGUGUCAGCCCAAGGAUCUCAAGAUUCUCUGCUCCCCAUCUAUAGACUUCUUUUACGAUAUUACGGUGUUUGGGGAUAGAAACACCCAAUUCGCUGUUCGUUACGGAGUCACAUCAGCGGGAACAUAUACGCUGCGCUUUAACUUCCGCGGUCAAGCUGCGAAGAAGCACAACGCCGAAAGGCCCGAUGAUGACAGUUGGCUUGUUGUUGCAUCGGACGCGAUGCGAAGUUUGACACGCUAUGUACCUGGAAGGCCGGAGAUGAGCUGGAGCACAAAACAAGAAGGGCCAGGCAAACCAGGGGCAGUGGUCCUUCCCGAUGGGAACCUCCAAUUAUCUACUCAAUCUGGUGGUCCAAAUGCCCUGCUUAGCGCACAGGGUGGGUGGAAAAUACCCGGCUUUGGCGAUACCUCUGCGGGCUUCCUGUUUGGUUUUCGGGUUGCUUUAAGCCAGUUCGAUGCACCUGUCGGAGAAAUGUCCUUCACGGGGCCGCUUAUCCGUAAGGGCAAUGGCCCAUAUCCCGUCUUGCAACUUGCAGCAGGUCAGAAUAUACAAUGGACGACUCUUGGAACAACGGGGAGUAGCGGGCUCUCAGGCCCGUCAAGCAUCCUACCUGACGGAGUGUGGCAUUACGUAGUAAUGCGAGUGAACUCCUCCAACCUGUGGCUGUUUGAAGACAGCAAGUUGAUCUUUAAUAUGCCUACAGGGGACUCUGGCAGUUACGCAAGCCCCUUCCCGUUUGACCUUUCCUUCUUUACAGACACCCUGACCAACGCUUUCGCCGCCCAGAUAAAGGAUAUUUUUACUUGUCCUGGUUCUAUACGCCCGUCGAUCCGCAGCCCAAGCGAUGGCGAAGUUUAUUUCAAUUCUGGGACAGAAGAUCAAGAAGGGCAGCUCUGGACCGUCGUCGCUGAUAACAUUCCUGGCUACCGUUAUUGGUACAACGCCACAUCCCUAUCUCUAAGUACUGGACGCGAAAUGCUUACUAAUGUCGGAGAUUCCUAUACGUUCGCUGCGAAGAUGAUUGGCCCGGCACUUCAGCCGGUUUCAGCCGUACAAUGCCUGUUUAGAGUCUACAGCAUUUUCGAGGGCACAGGAAUAUUUGCCUUUCACCGUGGGGUCGGAUUGGAGAUUGUCAAGCCUCUCAAUGGUGUAAUCACCUGUGACUACUACUAUUAUGGAAAGGAUGAGAAGGGUGUUGACAAAAGAUUUCAUUUACAAAGUACGACAUCCUUUCGAGAUCUGGAACAGGUUAUCGUGACUGUCUUGUAUUCGCAGACAGCAGGCACGGUGACCUUGUUUGAAAACGGAAAUCUCCGGAUCAACUACACUUUUCCUAACGGCAUUAUGCCGCCACCUCAAGACUGGGCUUCUUCUCCGGGCAUUACCUUUUUCUUUGACAAUGCAAAGAGCCACCUCGGAUUAAGCACGGGCACCUGGGUUGAGCUUGUUUUCCAUAGACAGCUUUAUGGGUAA